CCAAGUUUCCAAUACCUGGAUGCAACUAAUAAGAAGAUACAUUCAAAUCCUGCUGAUAUGAUAUGACUUUCUUUGGCAUACUCACCAUGAGCACGUGAGCCCGCGUUUACACUAAUGGACUUAGUCAUGACGUACAGAAGUUAUCUCCGGUUCGUCUGUAUGCCCCUCCGUCUUUACAGCGGUUCAAAUCGUUGUGCAUCUUCUAAGCCCUGACAUUUGGCAUCCUUCAUUGUACUCCUCACAAGCAUACAGCAUCGCCAUGUCCGAAGCCUGCUGUACUUGUGCCGCAUUGCUAUCCUCGAUUCCGCCUACCUAUGACGAGAAGACCGAGAAGCCUACACAGUAUGAGCGCCGACUCGAAUGCUGCGGUCGAGCGAUAUGCGCCCGAUGCAUGACGGAUAACCCACGCUUCAAGACUUACUGCCCAUUUUGCCAGGUCUCCAUCGUACCCUCGCCCCUGCCGCAAGGUCUACGAGAUCCUCCAGCGUAUUCGCCACCGGAUGGGUCAGUGGACGAGCUUCCGCCAUAUUCAACCCAAAAUACACUACAACCGCAACCACCAACGGAGAAGUCGAAGGAUGCGCUGGCAGACAGCGCGCCUGAUGUCUUACACUUUGUUGACCCAAACAACGACACCAUAUCAUCCCUCUCGUUGCGAUAUGGCGUGCCUGCGGAUGCACUAAGACGAACGAACAACAUGUUCGCUGACCAUCUUUUGGCCGCGCGGAGAACUGUUUUGAUAUCUGGGGAGUACUACAAAGGUGGCGUGAGCUUAAGCCCAAGACCACUUGAAGGGGAAGAGGAAGAGAUCAGGAAGGGUAAGGUGAGAAAGUUUAUGGUGGGUUGUAAGGUCGCCGACGUUGCUCCUCAAAACAGGUAUGAUGUCGCGUUAAUAUACUUGCAACAAGCAGACUACAAUCUCGAUGAUGCCAUCACAGCUUUCAAGGCCGACGAGCGAUGGGAGAAAGAGCAUCCGUUGGAGGCAGCGAGGAAAGGGAAAGCCAAGACCCCUCAAAGAAGUAGCAGACGAAAAUGGACCUUGGGCGGUAGCGGAGGGGGCCUCACUGGGCAGAUGUCAUGAGUUAGCGGUAAGAGGGGAGCAACAAUACCCAAGCAACCUAUGACAGGGUGCAAGUCUUUACAAAUAGAACAUUUUCCAUGCAUAUGCUCACUGGAGCGUAGAGACAGUCAGCUGCGUUG